CUCAUUUUGAAUGCUCACGAAAGAUUAGUUGAAACGUACUAAAUCCGGGAGGGAAGCUCGAAAUCCGAUACAUUUCGCCGAUAUAUCAUUUCACUCUUCUAGCAAGCAACCCAGCUAUUAUUUUAUAGCAAGAAAGAGAGUUUAUUUUUUUUGAGUUAACACUAAAUCAUCUGCGAAAUUAGAGGGAUUACGGGUGGUGGCAGUGAAUAGAAAAUUGAUUACAAGGAUUUUAUGCUAUCUCUUUGUAAUCUGUUAAAAAGGGAAGAGAUUCAAGGUGAGCCAAAAAGAUUGCUGUUUUCUAUAUUGGUUUUGUCUAUCUCGUUUGCAAGAACUUGGAGGAGCAGCUGCUAACCAUCACAAACACAGAAAAUCGGUUCUUAUGAGAUUAAGAGGUUGAUGAAGUUUAUAUGGUGAAAUCUGAAAGGAGCUGAGAGUAAGAGAGGUAGAUUUGAAAGAAAGCAAGAGUAUUAUAUCUAUCCGGGAACAAAAGCACUGAUCAAGAUUUAUGAAGACCAGUACUUGUAUAAAGUAGACAGCUAAGAACAACAGCAGCAGCAGUUGAGUGUUUUAUUUUUCGGGGGGAGGGUCAUCUUGCUUUGGGGUUAAGAACUAAAAAUAAAAGCUAAAGAGGAGAGAAGAUGUUUACGUGCAUAGCGUGCACCAAGCCAGCGGCGGAGGAUGGACGAGGAGAAGAAGGAGGAGCGCGUGGAAGUGGCACCCCAAGUACAAAAGAAGCCGUCAAAAGCCUCACUUCACAGAUCAAGGAUAUGGCACUAAAAAUGUCUGGUGCUUAUAAGCAAUGCAAGCCCUGCACAACUCCCAGCAGCUACAAGAAAGGACAGCGACCUUACCCUGACUUCGAUGCAGCUUCAGAAGGGCUUCCAUACCCCUAUUUUGGAGGUGGAAGCUCAAGCUCAACCCCUGCAUGGGAUUUUACCACUCCCAGUCACCAUCGAGGCGCCAGAGCUGACUCUAGAUUUACUUCAGUGUAUGGUGGUGACCGGACCCCUGGACGAGCAGAGUCUAUCUCAGCACAGUCAUGUGAUGUGGUGCUGGAUAAUGAUGAUGAGCCCAAGGAAUGGAUGGCACAGGUGGAGCCAGGCGUUCACAUUACUUUCGUGUCUCUCCCUAAUGGAGGAAAUGAUCUAAAGCGUAUUCGCUUCAGCCGGGAGAUGUUUAAUAAAUGGCAAGCUCAGCGAUGGUGGGGUGAGAACUACGAUAGAAUCAUGGAGCUCUAUAAUGUCCAGAGAUUUAAUCAGCAAGCACUUCACACUCCCCCAAGGUGCGAGGAUGAGCAAAGAGAUUCUUCCUACUCAAGGAUGGAAUCUGCAAGGGAAAGCCCUAUGGUUCCAUCGUUUACUCCAAGAAACUACUAUAAACCUUCUGGAAGUAAAGGCUAUUUCCCACCUGACUCUAUGGAUCAAGGUGGCAACCAGCACUACCACCCUGGUUCGAGUGGCUAUAUGGGACCAAAAGGUGAGGCAUCUUCAAUAGAUGCAUCACGGACGACAACUUCAUCGAGGGAUGAGCCUUCUAUUUCAGUUAGCAAUGCCAGCGACCUGGAGGCGGAAUGGGUUGAGCAAGAUGAACCAGGGGUUUACAUCACUAUCAGACAAUUAGCUGAUGGCACUAGGGAGCUCAGGCGUGUCAGAUUCAGCCGAGAACAAUUCGGAGAAGUGCACGCGAAGUCAUGGUGGGAACAGAAUAGAGAAAGAAUACAAGCUCAAUAUCUAUAAAGGAUGAUUUUACAUAACCUAAAUUGCUGUCUAGUAAAGAAUUCAGGGUGCAGCUGCUCCACCCCGUAAAGAAAAACGAAACUCAUAUUCAGUUUUGUUUUUCACGGAUGCUUUUCAAGUCUUUACAGAGAAAUGGACUUGCCACCACCUUGGAUGGUUAUUCCACUGAACUAACACUAUUUCUUAACUCUAUGAACCAAAUCAUAUUGUACCUUCACUUGGGGUGACGAAUCCAUUUUUUGUAAUGGCACAUUUCCCCUUGGAUGUCCUAAUGUGCCCAAUUUUUGUCUCUACUGCUGUCCUGAUUACGAAUUAAGCACACCAUUUAAUUUUUAGGUUC